CUUUUUGUUUCAAUCCUCUGUUCUUCUUCCGAGCCUGAGACUGACUGAGAUCAGGAACCAUUGAACGGCAGAGAGAUUGUUUUUGUUUGAAUUUUGAGGAGAAGUCUCAACACCUGCCUUUGUUAGCAAGUUAGCCUCGUGUCCUUAAAGGCUCCUCAUACUUAAUUCUCUCUCUCUGUUAUAUUCUGUUUUGUUUUAUUUUCUUUAAUCACUUAUUCAGUCAUACAGUAGUUGUAGCUAAAACCGCGUGAACGGAGCAGCUCUUUGUUCGUGCCUCGGAAAAAAACACUAGCACCGCCUGAUGAUGAGGAUGAUGAUGGUGAUGAAGAGGAGACACAGCUGAGAGCUGAGUGUGUGUGGUUGUGUUGUGUUCACAUUGGGAGCGGGAAGAACCCCCCUCCCCCACACACACUGCAUCCAUGUUCUCCCCCGACCAGGAAAACAUCUCCACGUCGUCAACCAAAGUGCCAGUCAAAUAUGGAGAACUCACUGUGCUCGGGUAUAAUGGCUCUCUACCCAACGGGGACCGGGGUAGAAGGAAGAGCAGAUUUGCACUCUUCAAAAGACCCAAAUCCAACGGAGUCAAACCCAGCACUGUACACGUAGCCUGCACCCCACAGGCUGCCAAGGCCAUAAGUAACAAGGAUCAGCACAGUAUUUCCUACACGUUGUCCCGUGUACAGACAGUGGUGGUGGAGUACACUCAAGACAGCAAUACAGACAUGUUUCAGAUUGGCCGCUCAACUGAAAGUCCAAUAGAUUUUGUGGUGACCGACACGGUUCCCGGGAGUCAGAGUAACUCUGACACUCAGUCAGUUCAGAGCACCAUAUCUCGCUUCGCAUGCCGGAUCAUAUGUCAGCGAACGCCCCCUUACACCGCCCGCAUCUACGCCGCCGGAUUCGACUCCUCCAAGAACAUCUUCCUAGGGGAGAAAGCAGCAAAGUGGAAGACAUCGGAUGGACAGAUGGACGGUCUGACUACUAACGGUGUGUUGGUAAUGCAUCCUCGCCAUGGUUUCACAGAGGACUCCAAACCCGGUGUGUGGAGAGAGAUUUCAGUGUGUGGAAACGUGUUCACCUUGAGAGAGACACGUUCGGCUCAGCAGAGGGGGAAAAUGGUGGAGAAUGAGACUCAAGAGUUAGUGGACGGCUCUCUGAUUGAUCUCUGCGGAGCGACUCUCUUGUGGCGUACUGCUGAAGGACUUUCCCGCACUCCCACUGUCAAACACCUGGAGGCGCUCCGGCAAGAGCUGAAUGCUGCUCGUCCCCAGUGCCCCGUGGGUUUCAACACCCUCGCCUUCCCCAGCAUGCGGCGAAAGGACAUAGUGGACGAGAAGCAACCCUGGGUCUACCUAAACUGCGGUCAUGUUCACGGCUACCACAACUGGGGUAACCGCGACGCAGAGCGAGAGGGAAGGGAGGGCCGUGAGCGGGAAUGUCCCAUGUGCCGUGCUCGUGGGCCGUACGUGCCGCUGUGGCUGGGCUGCGAGGCAGGGUUUUAUCUGGAUGCGGCCCCUCCUACUCACGCGUUCAGCCCAUGCGGCCACGUGUGCUCAGAAAAAACAGUGGUGUAUUGGAGUCAAAUCCCUCUUCCUCACGGAACGCACACCUUCCAUGCUGCCUGCCCUUUCUGCGCCCAGCAGCUCAGCAGUGAGCAGGGAUACAUCAGACUGAUCUUCCAGGGGCCCGUGGACUAAAUACACCUGAAUAUGUCCUUUUACCCCAGUAACCCAUUUGACAAACAGUAGCCAGGCAUUUCUUUCUGUUGAUCCUAUAAUUUGAUUUUAUAAAGAUGACAUUUUCUGUGCUCUCAGACUGUUUUUUUUCCCUCCCUUUCUGGUUUGUAAGUGACCUUUAUACUGCUUUUUCGAAUACAGAGAAAAACAAAAAUAUAUAUUUUCAAAUAAAAAGAUUAUAAAAGC